CAAAAACUCCGCGAACAUGUCCGCGGCUAUGACUUUCCGCACCGCGAUGGUCGGCCAGGCGCUCUCCGUAAAGGCCACCGCCACCAAGGCUUCCUCUAAGCCCGUCACUACCGUGGCACUCUUCGGCAAGAAGCCCGCGACCGCUAAGCCCCCGGCGAAGAAGCCCAUCGCCAAGAAGCCUGUGGCUAAGCCCAUCGCCAAGAAGAAGCCUGUGGCCAAGCCUGCGGCCAAGCCCAAGCCCGCGGCCAAGCCCCUCUUCUCCUUCGGCGCCGCCAAGCCCAAGCCCGCGGCAAAGGGCACGAUGGUGAAGAAGGUGACCCCCGCCGCUAAGUCCAAGUACACGAUCAAGAAAUUCGACGGCUCCCAGAUCAAGAAGAAGUCCACCAGCUUCAAGACCGUGGACUACAGCAAGAAGCCCAAGCCCGUCAAGCCGGCCGGCGGCUACGGCGUCAAGCCCAUGGGCGGGGGCUCCGUGAUCAAGUCCAAGCCCGCGUACAAGGCUCCCAAGGCGAAGACCCUCAACGCCGAACAGACGGGCACCCUGGGCGUCGCGGGCAUCUUCGCGGGCACCUUCUUGCUCACCCUCGCGGUGCUCCCCACCGCCCUCGAGACCGCGCUCGAGGUGAUUGGCAUCGGCUACACCUCCUUCUUCACCUACAACUGGAUCACUAACCCUUCCGCCCGCAGCGACCUCGACAAGGCGCUCACCGAGAUCGACGACGCCACCGGCAUCAACGUCAAGAAGAUCGCGGCGGUGACCGGGGAGCUUGCCGAGUCCACUUCCAAGAAGCUGGCAGAGUCGGCCGAGAAGUCGGCGGAGGCGCGCGCAAAGGCGAAGCUCGAGGCGAAGGCGAACCCCCCCGUCGACAAGAUCGAGCCCGCCGCCAAGGCCGAUUAAACGUUAACAUGGUUAUGUGUUAGCUACAGCUAUAGAGGUGAUGUAAUUAGCCAGGGUUUAAUGUGAGAAGUCAGCAGCAGUGCUUCGCGUAUUAUAAAAA